GCUGCCGUAGGUGGUCUGCACGAGUACACGUGCUCAUGCCGGUGCUUAGACGCAGGCGCCAAACGUGUCCAAUGUAUUGUAUAGUGUUAGUCUCGAUCGCAAUACUAGUUACACUUCGCAAUUAUUUCACUUGUUCACUUGAGUCGUACCUUGUCUAGUAGACGGUGGCAUACUUGUGCUUUUAAUAUUUACGUAAAAAUACGACGUGUAAACGUAAAGUAUUUGUUUAUAGUGCGUUAAAACGUUGAUUUUUAAUCAAUUUUCGCGAGUUUUAUUCACUUCGAACAUUUUUCUGGAGUUCUAUUUUGUCCUUUAUUUGGUAAAAUUAAAUUAAUAAAUGAAGACGGAAACGGAGAAAAGCACGACAAAUUUAACUCGCGUCAGGAUCGCCGUUUUGGGUAAAGUCAAUGUGGGAAAAUCAGCUCUGACCGUUCGAUUUCUAACACGAAGAUAUAUUGGAGAAUAUCGUUCAAAUACUGAUCUCUUAUACAGGCAAACUGUUACUAUCAAUAAUACACCCUUGGAAGUGGAAAUAAUUGAUGUGUCCGGAGAAACGAGAGACUGUAUUUUACCCGAAGAACAAGUUCAGUGGUCCGAUGGCUGUAUUAUAGUGUAUUCAAUCACUGACAGAGAUUCUUUUAAUUACGCAUUAGAUACUCUGGAAAAUCUUCACAAAAUGCGAUCAUCGAUACAAAUCCCGAUAACGUUGCUGGGGAAUAAAGCUGAUCUCGAACAUUUACGAAAGGUUGAUGUCAAAGAAGGUAGAAAUAUCGCCGCACAAUAUGGUUGUCAAUUUUACGAAGCCUCGGUGGCUGAAAAUAGCAAUGAACUGUACCAAGCAUUCGAAGCGAUCAUGAAUGAAUUGAAAUGUACCAGUAGUAAUAACACAAAUGGUAUCGGCAGACUGCGGAAAUUCUCAGUGACCAAAAUGAUUGGAACGUUGAUAGGAAAAGAAUCGAAUAAGAAUCAUCAACAUAUGCAAGGUGGCACCGUGAUGGUGAUACAGAGAUCAGAUCUGCAUAAAAGUCGAGAUACUAAAUAAAAAACCUGAUAUCAAAAAAUUGUCGUCUUGAACUGUGGAAGGAAAAAAAAUCAUCGAAGGUUUCAUUGAAUAAUAGCAAGUUUUGUGAUCGAAAUGACUGAAUAUGUUAUCGAUUACUUCAACUAUUCCAUUGUAUCGUAUCGUUUUUUUAAUUUCCUGUUUCCAUUAUUUGUAAAUGUACUGUUUUUAAUGUUUUCUCUCGCGAACAUUGUAAACGAAUAGAAAAUUAGCGAAUGAGAUGUGAAACUAUCGAAGGUGUACCAUACGAGUAGGUAAUUCUAUCGCCGAUAUGAAAUGUACCCGCGCAGAAUAAGUAAGAAGUGUUUCAUUUGUAAAAGUGUGUGUUAUUUUUAACUCGCGUCUUUAAUGUUUUUUCAAACAGUAGGCGUUUCGUUUGAGUGUUUUACGCCAAAAACUUUUGUAUAUCGAAUUUUGUUUAAGUUUCCAUGCAUGAAAGGGUCUUUAAAAGUGAACGCGGUGCGGCGCUGCAACGUAUAAUAUGUAUGUAUAUGUAUUGCAGGAUAUUCAAAAGUACGAAUACUAAAUGCCUACCUAUCCAUUCUUUGUGUUGUGUGUAUACUUUAUUUUGCUUUCAUCAUUGUAUAAUAGUUUUUGUGUUGGCUGUGAUUAUAUUUCUUUUUGAACAUUCUUCAUGUAAAUUAGUUUUAGUGUUUGAUUUUCGGAGUGCGUGUUUUAUUAUGUUUUCUACAACCUGUACUUGAUGUAAGAUUUAUGUUAAAUACAAAAGUUGGUCAAGUA